AUGUCUUUGGCUCUAGGUUUUGACCUCUCAACACAACAGCUGAAAAUCGUCUCCUGUUAUCAGGAUCUUAGUCUUCAUUCAAAAUACUCUAUUGAUUUCGACGAAUUCAAGGACAUUUACGGUAUUCAUAAAGGCGUAUUGUCGAAUAGAGAUACAGGUGAAGUCGUUACUCCCGUCAAGUUGUUUGUACAUGCCCUCCAGACCCUCCUGGACCGCAUGCACAAUGAUGGGUUCCCCUUUGAUUGCGUGACAUCAAUUUCAGGAUCGUGCCAACAACAUGGAACGAUUUUCUGUACACGUCAAUUCGAUACACUGCUCUCGAAUUUGAAUCCGGCUUCUGAUACUUGGCACAGCGAUUUGUCCAAUGCCUUCUCCUACGAGAAUGCCUCCAAUUGGCAAGACAGAUCAACGGGCGAAGAAUUGGCGGUGUUUGAAAAAGCAUUGGGAUCAGCAGAGAAACUCUGUAAAAUCACUGGUUCAAAGGCGCAUUUCAGGUUCUCUGGUCCUCAAAUGAGAAGGAGGGCCAAGGAGGGUGGUGUCCAUUGGGAGGAGACGGCCCACAUAUCCCUCAUAUCCAAUUUUCUCGAUUCCAUCUUGUCCGGUAAGGUUAGAGGGGUGGAAAUUGGAGAAGCUUGUGGUACAAACCUCUUUGAUAUUGAGCAGAACGACUGGAACGAUGAGUUGCUUUCCUUGAUCUUGAUGAAGAAUUCCAAUGUUGACGGAGUUCCUUUGGGUGAACAGCAAGAGGCUUCUUUGAAAGCCCGUCAACUUCUAAAAACCUUAGUUGAGCCUGAUGAUUAUUCAACAAUUGCGCCUUACUUGGCCAAAAGGUAUGGCUUUAAAAGGGACUGUAAGGUCUGGCCCAUUACUGGCGAUAAUUUGGCAACCAUCAUGUCCUUGCCAUUGAAACAUGACGAUUUGUUGGUGUCUAUGGGGACUAGUACAACGGUGUUGUUGUUGACGAAAAACUACCUUCCAAGUGUGAACUAUCACCUCUUUAAGCAUCCUGUUGUAAGGGAUAUUUAUAUGGGUAUGUUGUGCUAUUCAAAUGGUGCUCUGGCACGUGAGGAAAUUAGGGAUGAAAUUAACGACAAGUAUAAAACGGUAAAGUGGGAUAAAUUCAACGAGAUUUUAGACACUAGAAAGUCUCCCGACAGAGAGGUUGGAAUCUAUUUCCCCCUAGGCGAAAUCAUUCCCAACGUCAAGCCCUGUAAGCGUAUCUUCAAGUAUUCGGCAGCGAAGGGGCUUGUGGAAGUGGACAGAGAAGUUGAGCUGGACGACCAAGUGAAGCUUAUCAUUGAGUCGCAGGCGUUAUCUAAUAGACUCCGUGUAGCACCACUUCUAACCGAUGUUGAAACCGUGAAGGAGAAGUCGGUGACCAGAGACAUUGAGAGUGCAAGGAAGAUUGUUGGUGACUCGGUUACAAUUGACCAUGUCGCUUACACGUUUGCCGAUAUUAUCAAGCGUCCCAAUAGUGUAUACUAUGCUGGAGGUUCUUCACAGAAUGCAUCGAUUCUCAAGAUUUACAAUGACAUUCUAGGACCUAAACAUGGUGGCUACAAGGUUGAAGUCGGUGAUGCCUGUGCGCUAGGCGGUUGUUUCCGAGCAAUCUAUGGAUACAACGACAGCAUAUCAUUUCAGGAUUGGUUGGAGAGCAAGUUUGAUUUCCACAGACAUACCUCUCCCAUUGAGAGGGACGAAACCCAUGCCAUUUCCACGUGGGCAAGUUAUCUCGACAAGGUUGCCAUAUUGACCUUGGCAGAGCAGCAAUUAGAUUGUUGA